GGUGCAUCACCAGGGAAGACGCGCUGGUGUCUCUUCUCUAUAAUCCCGCAGCAAGGUGCAGACUACCUGCGCACAAAUAUUUAUUGUUAUCUGUAAUCCAGGAUAAAUAUAAAAGAUAUAUAAAAGAUUCAUAUUUAAUAUUUGUAUUCAGAGGCAUUUGAGUGAAAUUACGCACGGUUUCCAAUGAUGGAGCUAGUUAAAUGUGUUGUUAUAGCUGUGUUGCUUCUGACAAAUGUUUUCUGUCAAGAACUGGAUGUUGACAACUGGAGAGAAGGCAUCGGAGAGAACAAAUGGCCAAACUCUGAAGAAAUUCAAGAUUUAUUAGUGAGAAUGACCAGAAAACCAGGACCACGCCGAUAUCUUGGGCUCAUGAGGAAGAAAGAGUCUGCAAAAACGCAGCCAACUCGUAAACGGCAUAAAUUUCAAACCUUUGUGGGUCUGAUGGGUAAAAGGAGCUUUGAGGAUGAUGGAGCCCUGUGAGCAACCCCCGAAGAUCGAGGACCUGCGUUUGAUUUUCUUACUUUGCUUCAUUUCAGGGUGACAACAAAAUGUUUUCCUUUGUUUGGUCAGUCUGUCAUGGUUUCAUAAAAAUAAAAAUAUUCUAAUUCAAAUUCAA